UUAUUAAUGGUUGGUUGAAAGUGUUGAGAGCCGGCCACAGAAUGCAACAAAGUAAUACUAUAAAGCAAUUAGCCUUGGUGCUUUCAGUAGACACAAACCAUUCUCCAUCAACCCCAAAAACAAUUGUGUUGCUUGCUUCUUAUAUUGAAGUUUUUUUUUUAUUUCUUUUCAUGGAGAUAGAAUCUGUGAGAUGCGAGUGUUGCGGAUUGAUGGAAGACUGCACACAAGCCUACAUUAGUGAAGUCAAAUCUAACUUCGACAACAAAUGGCUCUGUGGUCUCUGCUCAGAGGCCGUGAGAGAGGAAGUGAGUCGCCGGAAGAUGAAUACCAUUGAUGAAGCUGUUAGGGCUCACAUGUCCUUUUGUGGGAAGUUUAAAGAUAAUCCGGCGGUUCUUGUAGCCGAAGGUAUGAGGCAGAUGCUAAGGAGGAGAUCCGGCGACUUGACUUCCUCUGCUUCCAAGAAAGUUGGCAGAUCUAACUCCACCAAGCUGUACUAAUUAAUUAUCUUUUUUGUUUUGUUUUGUUAAUUGAUUAAUGUAAAAUAUUUGAUGCUUUUUGUUAUUGUUUAAUGUCAUAACCGAUGGUCGAUGAGGCUUAUAACUAAUCAAUUGAUUAUA